AUGCCGAAAGGUUCCAAAACGGUUUCACACUGUAAAAGUGUGUGUAAAAGUGGAAAUAUUAGUCGAUGGUCUCGUGAAAAUUUGACGAACACAAAUAAACCAUCGAGUGAUGAAGAAUAUUUUAUGGGUAUGAGUGAUGAUGAUAGUUUAGAUUUUAUUGAACAAAUUCGAUUAUCAGAUGUUGGAGAUCUUUUUGAAGUCUGCAAAGAAAAAUUGGAACCAAGAAACAUCAGUGUCGUGUUAUAUCUCAUUUUAAAAUUUUUCUGGGAAGAAUAUUUUAGUCAAAUAGGAGCUACGACAUGUAAAACAUUCCACACAUGA